UUAUAAAUAAUAAACGUCUAUGAAAUUGUCAAAUGUAUAGCUAAAAUACUGAUAUAUUUUAUUUUCGAAAAAUGUGUGACUUUAAACUGUCAACCGUUUUAUUUGUAUUUGCUAUGCUCAUUUCUUUCCAAAUGAAUGAAGCUUCGCCAAAAGCUAAUGAAGUGGAAAAUCAAUGGAAUAAACUAGCCACUUCUGCACAACAAAGAGAUUUAGCUGUGGUUGCUAAAAUGUGCGGUAGUAAUAUGACAAAUUUUUUUAACGAUCUAGAUAGUUUAAAAACAAAUACAAAUACAAAGUUAUCAGAAAUUACUAAGUCAGAUGAUAUUACAAGUAUAGCUAAACAAGUUAAAAUUAAUGUUAAUUCGUCAACGAAACAUUUAAAUAAUCUGCGUCAGCUUAUGUACAAGGUUGCUACACGCUUUAGAGAUUCUUACAAACACACUCUAUCAUUUUCGGAAAUCACUUCAGAAAGUGCUUAUAAUAGAUUAAAUGAAAUGAAAAAAAAUCCAAUUGAUAAUACAGAUCCUUUGCCACAAUUAGUUACGAAAAUUUUCAGUAAAAAGUAUGAUUACAAUAAAUUGAGUGAAAACAUAUUAGCUGUAUCAUUAGAUGAUGGACAUGUUAAUUUUAUUGAAAAAAAAUCGACGGCACAAACUGAAUUUUUAUCACUUUUUAAUUUGUUGGAUAAAUGGUCACAAAAUAAUAAUGAAGUAUCUUUGAAAGCAAUGGAAAUAUGUUUCAAAGGAAUUACAUCACUUAAAAAUAUUAAAAAAAAUAUGAGAGAAUCGACAGAAAAUAUACUAGCUGAUAUAAAUGAAGACGAUUUAUCAUCAAUUCAAAAUGCAAUAUAUGUUGCAAAAGCUUUAAAUUUAGAGUUUGAAGAUGAAAUAUUUUACGAUUCAGGAGAAUUAGCGUAUGACGAUGAACUCUUUGCAGCUAAGAAUAAAAAUAAGGAUACAGAGGAUAAAAAAAAAUUUGACGAUAAACAAAAUCCUUUUAACAUUGUUAAUCCCUUACCAAUUGAUGAAAAUACAACUACACCAUUAAAUUUGGAUGAUACAAGUAAUGUAUUAGUACCUACUAAUCAAGACAAUAACCGAGAUGAUAAUGCAUAUACUCAACCUAUUCAACAACUAGUUAAACAAGAUCCCAGUUAUAUUCAAACGCCACUAAAUGAAUUAUAUUCAAAUAAUUUAUAUCCCCCUAUUAAUGACAAUAAUAAAAUACAACCAAAUAUAAUAGAAUAUUUCAACCCAAAAAAUAAUUUUAACGGUAUAUAUCCACCGCAAAUUAAUUUUUCAAAAGAAAAUUUAAAUGAUAAAAAAAAUAAUAAUAUAGAAGGAGACAAAAGUGACAAUAUUGAUUACAAUAUUACUACGAAUGAUAAUAAGCUUUCUAACUUUGUAUUACCGUUAUAUAAUUAUGUGCAGCCAUGGAGUCAAUUUUCGUUAAAAAAAAACCCCAAUAAUAACUUUCACCAUACCAAUGAAAUUGAAGAAAUUCCUAUUCAAGAUAACAACAGUUAUCCUUUUUCUGAACAGCAAAACAAUUAUGAGCCAAUUAUUAAUAAAUACGGCAAUGAUUUAAACAAUUUAGGCAAUGAAGAAAAAAUAGUAGUAAAAAAUAAUUUAAUAGAUUUUGGCGUACCACAAAAUACUGAUAAUGCUGAAAAAUUUAAUUUGGAUAAAGAUAACUCUCCAAAUAAACCCCAACCAUUUUGGAGUACACCACUUUCAUCGUUUAUGCCAUUUUCCUUUAAUAAAUUCAUGAAUCAUGACGCACCCAAUAUUGAACAAAAUCAAAAUAAAGAUGACAAAAUACACCAUAGCUCAGAAGUAAUCUUAGAUAAAAAAAAGGAAGAAUCACGUGCGGAACACCAUGAUUAUAAAUUAUUAAACCCUAUUACAGACUCUUACAAGUUUAACCCAAACAUAAAAAAUGAAAACCUAAAUAUUAACUUAGAAGAAAAAGAACAAGAACCUAAAUUUUUAGAUCCCGAGUUCAAAAGUUCUGAAGAAAUGGACAUUAAACAUAUUUUAAAUGAAAAUCCAACAAAUAAUAAAAACAAUUUAAAAGAUCAAAAAGGUUUUACAGAAAAUUUACCUAUUAAUAAAAAACCGGAAAAAGAUAAUUUAAAUAAAUCGCUUGAUAGUUCUAUUGAACCCACGACGCCUAAUCAUUUUUCUCCUCAUAACCCCAAAGUAGAAGAUAUUUCUAAAGGAAAUGGUACAAAUAUAGCACUUAUUCCUUUAAGUUUUGAAGAAAAAUUAAAUAAAAAUGAAGAAAAACCAAAAGCUAAGAAACAUAUAAAACGACGAAUGACGUAUUUAGUAAAUAAAUUAACUGGAGAAAAAACACCAAUAAGAAGUGAAAUAAUAUCAAAUGGUAAAGAACUUAAAACUUCUGAUGAAUUAAAGAAUGAAGAGUUAAUAGACAAAGACAACAAUUUAGAUUCAUCAUUGCUUCAAACCAAAAAUGCAAUGCAAUGCAAGAAUAAAGCUUUUUUGGAAAUCAAAAAAGUUGAAUCACAUGACAUCAAGAAAUUAGUUUACACUACAAUACUAUUAUCGAAUAAUUUCCGAAAAACAGUUACGUUACUAAUUAAACAAGCAAAUGAAUUUAUUAAAAAAAUUGACGACAGUGAUCAAGUGGAUCAAGUUAUUGAAAUAACUAAAAAUAAAAUUAUAAAUGAUUAUCAUAAUUUUGCUAACGAAGUGAAAGAACGAGUUGUUUCAGAUGCAACUAAAUUUAUGAACAAUGUUAGUAAUACUAAAAAUAAGUAUAGCAAUGGAUCACCAACAAAGUAUAAAAUGUUAAAAGACAUUUCUGCUGGUCCAUUUACUAUUUUAGACAAUGAUAAAAAUACAUUAAAUAUGAUUUCUCAUAAGUUUAAUAUCAAUGAAAUGCUUAGGAAAAUAGUUGAAAGUUCAAAUUUAUUAAGCAUUAAAAAUUUAAAUGGUAAACAAUUCGAAGCACAAAAAAUACUUAUUAGUUUAUCUAAGUUAAUAAAUAGAAUAAUGAAUAAUUUUGAGUGUCUAUCAUUUUCGACAUUCAAUGAAAUUGGACAAGGUGCUGAUGUAUUAAGUAGUAUAGAAUCUGAUGGAGUGACUAUUAGCCAAAAUCAUCCUCGAGUGGAAAUGUUAAAAAAUGCUAUAGGCAUUGUGCAAGAAAUUCUUGACCAAGAAACUGCUAUAAAUGAUCACGCUGAAAUUGAUCUUUCUUUUGCAUCAAAUAGUAAUCAAGACAAUAUGGAGAAAUCUGAAGAAACUUUAUUAGAUAACAUGGACAAAUCAAUCAAUAAUGAAAAAGAAUUAGAUAUUAAAGAUUUUCCUGAUAAUACCAACACACAAGAAAUAGGCAUAAUAGCUAUACAACCAGACCAGACACUAAAAUUUGAAGAAGUUUCCAGUAGUACAGAAUUAAAUAACUUUAUUUCUAAAGAAAUAGUAUUAACAAAAAAAAAAGGAGAUAAUAAAAUGCCCACAUUUUUAAAAGUAGACAAUAAAGAAACACUGUUAACACUAGUUAAUAAUGCUGAAAAAAAUGGGAUGUCAAGAAAAAAAUUAAUAAAAAAAUUGAAAAAAAAAUUUGUAACGAUUGAUCAUAACGAUUACAUAAUGAAUGAAUAAUUUAACAAUUAAUUUUUUUACGUUAAUUUUAUAAUCGUGAAGAAUGAUAUUAAUAAAUUUUAUCAAACAAUCAAUAAAACUUAUGUUUUCAAUUACU